CCGCACGGAAGCCGCUAGUCCGGCUUCCACCCCGUCCCCAAGUCCCGGAACGGCUGUGGGGCCGCCUCUUCGGGUUGGAAGGAGCCAUCGCCGCUUUAAGAGGAAGAGGAGGGGAAGGGGGCGGGCUAGCGGGGGGCGGGGAGCGGCAGCGGAGGAGGGGGAGGGGGAUCCCCCUCGCUCCCACGUGGUCCGGGCGCCUGUGAAUCACGCUGGCCGGAGGGUCUCACAGCGAAAUACAAAAGCAGCUGGGAAGCGGCGGCGAGGCGAGUUCCCAGCGGCGGGCAGAGCCCCGCAGCCGCGAUGGGGAUGAGGCGCUUGGAGCCCCGGAGCCAACAAGCUGCUGGGCCCGCCUCGCCGCCGGGACCCGGGCGCCCGGGCUCGGUUUGAAGCCGGCGCGGCCGCGGGAGCAUGGGCAGGAGGAUGCGGGGCGCCGCCACCACCGCGGGGCUCUGGCUGCUGGCGGUGGGCUCUCUGCUGGCUCUGUGGUGCGGACUCCUGCCUCCGGGGACCGAGCUGCCCUCCUCCCGGCCGCCGGAAGACCGACUCCCGCAGCGCCCGGGCCAGAGCGGUGGCCCCGCGCCCGCGCCGCGCUUCUCUCUGCCCUCAUCCCUGCCGCGGGACGCCCACGGCGGCUCCCUGAAAACUUUCCGGGCGCUGCUCACCCUGGCGGCCGGCGCGGACGGCCCGCCCGGUCGGCCCCCCGGCGAGCGCAGCCGAUAUGUGCCAGCCGGGCAGCCCCGGCCAGCCGAGAGCGCCGUGGUGCACGGGGGCGUCUUCUGGAGCCGCGGCCUGGAGGAACAGGUGCCCCGGGGCUUCUCCGAGGCCCAGGCGGCGGCGUGGCUGGAGGCGGCGCGCGGCGCCCGGGUGGUGGCCCUGGAGCGCGGGGGCUGCGGGCGUAGCUCCAACCGGCUGGCCCGCUUCGCCGACGGCACCCGCGCCUGCGUACGCUAUGGCAUCAACCCUGAGCAGAUCCAGGGCGAGGCCCUGUCUUACUACCUGGCGCGCCUGCUGGGCCUCCAGCGCCACGUGCCUCCGCUGGCCCUUGCUCGGGUGGAGGCGCGGGGGGCGCAGUGGGCGCAGGUGCAAGAGGAGCUGCGCGCAGCGCACUGGACCGAGGGUAGCGUGGUGAGCCUGACGCGGUGGCUGCCCAACCUCACGGACGUGGUAGUGCCUGCGCCCUGGAGCUCCGAGGACGGCCGUCUGCGGCCCCUUCGCGCCGCCGGAGACGAGCUGACCAACCGCAGCCAGGCGGAGCUGGUGGACCUGGUGCAAUGGACCGACUUGAUCCUCUUUGACUACCUGACGGCCAACUUCGACCGGCUCGUCAGCAACCUUUUCAGCCUGCAGUGGGACCCGCGCGUCAUGCAGCGCGCCACCAGCAACCUGCACCGCGGCCCCGGCGGGGCGCUGGUCUUUCUGGACAACGAGGCGGGUUUGGUGCACGGCUACCGGGUGGCGGCCAUGUGGGACAAAUACAACGAGCCGCUGUUAGAGUCGGUAUGCGUGUUCCGCGAGCGGACAGCGCGGCGCGUCUUGGAGCUGCAUCGCGGUCAGGACGCAGCGGCCCGGCUGCUGAGCCUCUACCGGCGCCGCGAGCCUCGCUUUCCGGAGCUAGCGGCGCUCGCAGACCCCCACGCUCUGCUGCUGCAGCGCCGCCUCGACUUCCUCGCCAAGCACAUUUUGCACUGUAAAGCAAAUUACGGCCGCUGGCCGGGGACUUAGCAUUGCCCAGAGGAAGAGAGAGAUACCCCGGACUCGGUGAAAGACGAUGGGGGAAGGGCCGUCGCCUCUGCCACCGCCUGGGACCAGCCGGCCAACGCCCAGCGAGUGACCCGCGAGCAGAGGCGUCUAAAAAACUUCAGCUUCACCCACCUGCCCCUUUCUCUCAAUCCCUAGUUGUUUCGUUUCGAAGUUCUGGGAGGACGAACUCACCGAGGCAAGAAGUGUAACAUUCCCGCCACCCAGCCUUUACAAGGAUUCUUCCCUGUGCUAACACGGAGUUUGGGAUCCGAAGAAACUGGCUACCGGGUUUUUGUCCCCGGAUGGCCGUCUCUGUGGGAGAUACACCCCACUCCUGGGCCCCCUCGUUCCCCUUCCGAAAAAGGAAAACCCGUUGGAGCCGUUGAGCUAAUUCUGCAAUUUCCUACCAAACGCAGCGCUGGUGGCCCUGGAGCAGGGCUGUGACAUUCGCUGUUGGAGCCCCCUUCCUGUUUUUUCCCUUUGUUCCGGAGCCGCGAUGGUGAGAUCACUGUUAAGAGCAGGCAAACAACUCCCGAUAGGACAAAGAGAGCAGGACCUCCACACCCUGGGGAGCCCUGCAGACUCUGACGUUUGCCUGACUCGUUCCUUUCCCCCUUGUCAUUUUGCCCUGAAGGCUACUGAGUGCAAGACCAGCUGGAUGUGCUGAGUGAAAUAAUGAAUUUCUUCUUCCUCCACCUCACAACCGACCAAAAUAUCGACAAUGAUGAUGUUCACCAGGAAAAGAAAAGAAGAACAGUUUCAUGCACUUUACUUUUGUUUUUAUUUUAAUUUUUUAUUAAGAAAAACUUUUUUAUUUGACAAAUUUUGCCUUCUGUAUAUAUGUGCAUAAAGUGUGUAAAUAUACUAAACAAACUUAUAUUUCAAUAAAAGGGAGUUUAAAAUUUAGAAUUU